AUGAUUAGGCAGCUGGUGCGGCACUACGUUACUCCGGUUGUUCGCAUCUCUUCUGAGAUUGAGAAGUUUGACCAAGAUGCAAUUAAAAAAGCGACUGAGAGAGGAAAUCGACUCCUGAAAGCCAUUCAUGAGUCGCAACAGUCGGAGCACGAGUAUCAAAGGGCAGCCAACCUCAAGAUCGAGGAAGCGCGGAGAUCCGGGUACGCUCACGUUCACGGAAACACAGAGAUGCCAAAGUUUCCUGAUGAUCCACGGUUGCAGGCAGAUUUGCUGAAAAGUCAACAGCUAAAGACACAUUCAUCCAGAUAUGUGUACAAUAAACAAGAAGAUCGCGUGAUCGACAGGUUGAGAGUGCUGGAAAGAGAGCGUAAAUUGCCCUCUUUGCCACGGCAGAACCAGUACGAGCAAUUUUGGGGUGAGCUGGAGCGCUUUGCUGCAGUAUUGGUGCUAAAAAACGAGACACCUGCAGUGUCCCUCACCUACAAAGCUUUGGCUGAUUCGCUGGAGGCGAUCAACAUUCUGCAAAAUGCGCAUCUAGACCAUUCAAUCACGGAUCCAAACGAUUUUACACUGGCCGCAGAUUAUUACUUCACGCGCAAAAUUCCGUUGUUACUGCAGAAACUGCAGCCCGUCUCUGAUCUCUCUGAGCUUGACAACGUUGCCCUUGUCGGGCUGACCAACGUUGGAUUCAAAGAAACUACAGAACCGUUACAGCUGUUUACUGAAAAGUUCAAGGACUCGUUUUCGGUGGUGUGUUGCGCGCUGAACACACCGCAGUACCCAGAGCUGACCCAGCUGAAUCAGCCAGAUAACAACACUAAAAAGAAUUUGUACCAAUUGGCAACUCUCGGUCUCACAAAAGUGAUCAGUUUGCCCGACGGAUGGGUUGUGCUGACCAAAGGCACAGAUUAG